AUGUUUCGGCAUUUAUGCUACACUUCAAUUUUUAUAAGUUCAAUUGUACCAUUUUUGUUUUGUGGAAUAUUUCAUAGUUCUCUUCAAAUAAUUAUUGCAUUUUUUGGUGCAUUUGUUUGGAUUUUAGCAUUUUUGUUAUCAUCUACAAUUUGGAAAAUAGGAACAUUAUUUUAUGAAAAUAUAUAUCUUUAUGUUGUAAUAACAAUCUUGAUACAAGAAAUAUUUAGAAUAUUAUUUUAUUAUAUUAUACGUUAUGGUGAAAAAACAUUAGCAAAAUUGGAGUCACGAUCAAAUAUUCAGGUAUCCGGAUAUUCAUCAAUGGAUAGAGAUAUUAAUGAUGUUUCUGCUGCUGCCGGAUUUGGAAUGGGAGUCAUAUCUCAAGCUUUAUUAACAGUAAAUAAUUUUGUACAUGAUUCAAAACAUGGAGUACCAGGUAUUGCAAACUAUAUUUCAUCACUUCAUCAAUCCCGUGCUGAUACAUAUGUUCCAAAAGAUAUAGUCAUUACUAGUUUAUCAGUAUUAAUACCAUGUUUUAACUUAGCAUGCAAUUUAGGAUGGACAAUGUUAACUUGGAAUAUUUCAACAUGUAUCUUCCAUAACGUUGACCAUUCAAUUAAAAUAGAGAGCACUGAAAAAGUUUUCAAAACUUUAAGUCAAAAUUAUUUGGUUUAUAAAAAUUUAAAUUGGAUAUCUAUUGAUGAUUAA